AUGUUUCAGGAACUGGUGCAAACGAGGAGUGGGGGUGUUGGUGAGAUAUCUAUCAACUGGACCAAACGUUACUUGUUGAAGAGCCUGCAAUACCUUGGGCCAAUUGCGAUGAGCAUUGGCUCAUUCAUACUGAUCAUCGCCUGUGUUGUCACUCUGGAGAGCAGGGACAAAAAUACCCAGAUUUUACGUAAUAUGAGGGAUGAAAGAUCGUGUGAGAAGAGGAAAUCGGUAGUGGAGGAGCAAAAAGCACCAGUGCGAGUACCGAUGACCGCGGAGCAGAUCCGAGAUUGGAGGCCGCGGUACAGGGCUGUGCCACUGAUCAGGCGGGAUUCAAGUCCUCGUAAGUGUUGCUUUCUUUCUACACACGCACCAGCUUAA